AUGGACGAGGGACAGCCACCACCCGGCGACGUGGUUGCCCCUCUCACAGGCGCUCCACUCAAACGCCGACGGGCUGACUCGGAGAGUAUCUCGUCGAUCGAGUCUAAUCGCUCUGUCCGCACAUUAGCUUCCGACGAUCUAGAAUAUUUCCAUGAAAAUGGACGAACGUACGGUAAUGAAACGUACUACCUACCAUGCGUAUACAAGCAGCACAACGACUUCAUAGAGCAGGAUCGUUUGUCUCUACAGCAUGAAAUCUUCGUCCGAGCACUUCAUGGCAAGCUUACCACUGCGAAAUUACUGCCUACUACCCGAAGAAUACUCGACCUGGGCACUGGACCAGGUCACUGGGCUGUUGCCAUGGCGCGUCAGUACCCGCACGCGGAGGUUGUCGGAAUUGACAUGACGGAAUGGGAUAUAGACACCACCGAAGCCACGUUGGGCGAUGCCAGGGUGACAUGGGAGCUGGACGACCUUGACGUCUGGGGAAAAGAGAUGGAUGUCGAUCAGCUGAUCAACCAGCUCGCUACUCUAGAUCUAGCCAAUGAGUUGGCUAAUCGGACUCCCAUCGACGCGCUGAGGAAGCCCAAGUCAACGGUCGAUCUCAGUCAGCAAGGAAGGGAGCCUACGCCCGAGGAGCAUUUGACUAUUGAUCUCUCAACACUUACCCCCCAGCCUGAACCUGGCUGGCACUUUAGCGACUCCUUUGAGCUCAUACAUUUACGAAACAUGAAGGGCUCUUUCACGCACUGGGAAGACGUAUAUGCCGAGAUAUACAAGAGUCUUUCACCCGGUGGAUGUAUUGAACUCGCAGAUUGGGAUCUCGGCCAAGUGCCCAUGGGCCCAGGGGAGAUCACAGCAGCAAACAUACCCAUGCCUACCCUACGGAAACUCUACGUGGCGUUCAUGGAAGCAUCAUUCAAAUCUGGCCGUCCACUCGGCCUCUUCUACAUGCACCACACCUAUCUCGAAGAAGCAGGCUUCGAAGACGUCCAAACGACCCAAGUCAACGUGCCAGUCGGACAAUGGCCAAAGGACGAAGCGCAGCGAUCGCUUGGCAAGAUGAUGUUUGUGCUUGGUAUGGAGAUGUUUGAACCGGUUUGUUUGAGGCUCUUGACGCAGUGGGGAAGCAAGACGAGGGUUUGGACAGCGGAGGAGCUGAGAGCUGAUAUUUUGGUUGCGCAAAAAGAGAUUUAUGAUUAUGUUGAGCGGUCGGAACGGGGGGAGGUGGAGGGGUGGUGUGCAAGCUUCAAGUGGGUUACCGCUAGGAAAAGCUGGCACGCGGAGAAGUGA